GAGGCGCUAACCUCGGCCCGGUCGCAGGCAAGCGGCCCGGGGCUGUGGAGGGUGGCAGAGAGGAGGCGGAGGCGCGUCUCAGCACCCCGCGGUUACCGCCCGCUCCGCUGCUGCCUGGGCCGGCCUAGAGAGGGCCGUUACUUAGCACAGUGAUGGCGUGGGGUGCAGGUGGCGGUCCUUGGCUGCUGCCUCUCCCUCGGCGGCCCGCUCGGGCUGCUGGCAGCAGGUCCGACUCACCACCGCCUUUCCCUGCUGCCCAGAGGGACCCACUGUCCUCGCCUCGCUGUUUCAGCUGUGACCUGGCAGCAUGUGUGCCCAGCACAGCUGAGAGGCCAGGUCAGGCCUUGCUGCCCCGUGUUGAGGCUCUUGAGCAGGUGCCUGCUGUCAGGCGAGGGAGCAGGCCUGCACUUCAGUGCUGCUGUUCUCCUGCCUCAGCUUGUGGAAGAGCUCCUCUGUUCUUCCUGGCAGCCGGCACUGGUCAGUCUGUAUUCCUGCUAGAGGAAAACUGCUGGAUAUGUAAGGCUUAUGGCUGUUAAAAACAGAUCCUAGUUCUAUCAUGAGGAUGCUGAAAAAACCUGUGCUAUGCAAGAUCUCAGUAUUUGUCUUUUUAACAUGAUAAAAGGCAUCAGUGCAGCCUAGCUCUCACAGGGGGUAUUUAGAACAUAAAAUGGCAGCAUCCCUUCCCUCUUGCUAUUGCUCUGUUUUAUGGUUUUGAUUUCAUUGUUUUCUAUUACUCACUAUGUAUUUCUCUCAACUCAUAGUAGGGAGCUGACUUUAUUUCUGAAAUAAAACCUCUUGGGAUUUUUCUUAUUAGGGACUUUCAAUUCUAUGUGAUGCUUUUUUUCUAUUGUUAUGUAAGAUUAGAUAUAAUAUUUUGUUGCUCAUUCUUACAGGGUGAUUCAUUUUCCAAUUCUCUUUUCUAGUGGCUGAGCUUGCAAGUAUUACUUGCCCUCAGUGGGAUUUCUUACUAAAGUAAUUCCUGCUCGGUAGAUUAUAAGUGGGCAGGAUCAACCCAGCUUCCUUUUCCAGAAAGGUGGGAAGGGAGGAGAGAAAGAAACGUAUCAAAUUUGAGGGAGGGCAGAAGUAAUGCAAAGGAUUUCUACUCCACCACUUAGAAACAUCUAUUUAAAGGCACUUACUGCAUUAGACUAACAGUUUCACACCCCAAAGGUGGUAAACAUGGCUGAGGAUAAAAAAGCCUUUGUUGAUGAGAUAAAUAAGGCGUUGGCAAAGUCUGAAGGGCUUACCUUGAAGGAUCUGCUGUUCUCCUACCAGGGGACCCUGUAUCCUGUCACAGUAUGCAGUGCGGAAACGUUCCAAGCCCUGGAGAAGCUGGAAGCCAGAAGAGAUGAUAUGGUGCUGGUGUCCUACCCCAAAUGUGGUGUGAACUGGCUUAUCCAGAUUUUAAGUGAUUUGAUAUUUACAGCUAUCCAGAGUAAACCUGUAAGCACAGAACUACCAUUUAUUGAAUGUGGAGAUCCAAAUAAAUAUCAGAGGAUGAAACAGAUUCCAUCUCCGAGGAUUUUGGCAACACAUCUGAAUUAUGAUUGCCUUCCCAAGUCUAUUUUCAAGAACAAAGCCAAGAUACUAGUACUGUUUCGAAACCCUAAAGAUACAGCUGUUUCAUUUUUCCAUUUCCACAACAAUGUGCCAAGCGUCCCCAGUUACAGCUCCUGGGAUGAGUUCUUCUUGGAGUUCAUGAAUGGGAAAGUUGGCUGGGGAUCCUAUUUUGAUCAUGCAGUCACCUGGAACAAACACAUUGAGGAUGAGAAUAUUAUGAUCAUAACAUAUGAAGACCUGAAAGAGAACCUGACUGCCAGUGUAAAGCAGAUAGCUGAAUUCUUUGGAUUCUCCCUAACGGCAGAGCAGAUCCAGUCCAUUGCAGACAGGGCCACUUUCCAGGCAGUGAAAGAUAAGGCUCAGGAGACUCAUGGUGCUGUUGGCUCAACUCUUUUCCGCAAAGGUGUUGUUGGAGACUGGAAAAAUCUUUUCACUGAAGCUCAAAACCAGGAAAUGGAUGCCAAAUUCAAAGUGUGCUUAGAAGGAACUAAGCUGGGAGCGAAAUUAAAAUAUGAUGUCUACUGCAAGGCCUGAACCUCCUUCAGAGAAAAAACCCAUGUCCAGGCUGCUUUUCACUCCCUUUUAUGAAAUAAAACAGAAACCAGGACAAUAUCUGAUUUAAAAAUUUUGAAAAUCCAUGCAAUUUGCAAACCUGUUUCUGCUGCCUUAACUUACACAAGCAAUCCUUGCUCGUGCAUUUAGUAUCAUUGACUUCACUGGAUUCUCUUAAAUGACCUGUAGUUCUUUGGCCUCACUUGUUUUUUAACACUGAUUUUUAGCUAUGCUUUCAUGUUACCUGGUAAAAUCCUAUGUGGAAUAUAUAUGCAGUAGUUAAGCCUGCUGAAAUCACAGGAAAUGUAUUCAGUAUGUUGGAAGUGAUUUUCCAUGAGAUUUUUUAAAACAACCAUGAAGUGUCAUUUUGAUCCUUAAUUUCUAAGUUCAUAGUAUUCAUGUAUGAUUUUAAAUUCUAAGUUCAUAGUGUAAAAUGAAAUUUCAAAAGGUCAUGUUGUAGUUGUCUUUUGCCACUUUCUGUGUGGUGAUAAACACGUG